AUGAUGAGUCAGGAUGAAGCAAAUCAUAGAACGGAAGAUAAUGGAGAGAUGAUAAUUAAUUUAGAGGAAAUUUCUAGUGAAUUUAAACUAAUGAAUGAAGGAAGAAGAGUACUCUCUCCUUUGCCAGCAAAUUUGGAAAUACCAAGCGAAAGUAUUAGAAGAACAAUUAACGGAUUUAAUUCUAAUAGUAACGAGGAAAAAUUGGAAAAUGUUGAAAAUUAUGAGGUUGACUUUGAUUAUUUAAAAUCAUUGUCUGAUUUACCGAAUGUGGAACCAAUUAAAAGAUUAACAAGAAAUUAUUCAACAGCUUCGAGUGCAUCAAAUUCUAAAUAUUUAUUUCAUUGGAUGAAUUAUAGUCAGGAGCAUAACUAUAUUGAAGAUGUAACACCAAACAUGGAAAGUAAAUUGUUGAAACAUUUCUCAAUAGAGCCUUCUUUAAAACCAGAUAGAAAGCAACAAUUGGAAAGGCUUUUCGAAUAUUCUAAAGAUUUAUUAAAGAAGAAGGAAAUCGUUCAGGAACAAGAACUUGUUCAUACUUUAAUAACUGAUGAGGAAAGGAGUGAUAUUACUAAUAUUAAACAACAAGAAAGAGUUGAUUUUUCAUCACAAGAUUCCGAUAGUGAGGAGGAACCAGAGAAUUUAUACAUGAUAGAUGACAAUUAUGAAAUCGGAGGGCUUGAUUCAGUUCAAGAUGAACUAACACCAAUAGUAUCUAAUAAUCAGGAGAAUAGAAUUGAAACUCUUUCAGAGCAAACUAGAAUUAUUCCACCAUUAGAGCCAACUGAAAGAGAAUCUGUUCCCUUGAAAAUAGUUACAGAACAGAAUACUCCAAAUAAGGAGGUUAUCUCAAGCCAACCGGUAUUUCAAACAAUUAUUACUGAAACUAAACCAGUAGAAGAAAAAGAUAUGAAUCAAAUUAUUGAGUAUAAUCCACUUAUUCCACUUCUUGCAAGGACGAAACCUCCUCCAGCACCUCUUGUUUUCAAUCUAAAAACUCAGCAAACUAUUCAACCUAUUGUUGCAGAGAAAGUGGAAGAAAGUAAUUCAAAGAAAAGGAAACGAAAGAAAAAGGAAAAGAAGAAAGAAAAUAGUGCCGAAGAAUCUAAUCCUAUUAUUGAUAGCUAUACUCCUGCUCAACAACCCCAAUCACAACAGCCAAAUUCUAAUUCAUCCAAAUCACAAAAGAACAAGAAAGAGAAGAAGCAAAAGAAGAAACCUCUUCAACCUGAAAAGAAUCCACUCUUUCACCUAGGCAAAGUAUCAAGUUUGGAUGAGAAUGACCAAGAUAUUUACAUGAAGGGACUCAAACAAUUUAAAUUAUUCCAAAAUCAGAAUGCCCUUUCAAAACAGGUUUCACCUCCAUCUGCAUACUUUUUCAAAUUAAAGAAAGUUGUUGAGGAAGAGCAAGCUGCCUUUAGAAAAGCUCUAUUUGACGAUGCUUGGAAUAAUAGACAAACUAGAUACUUUUUUAUUGAUCCAUAUAUUUCUGAUCAAGUGGACAAGAUGAAAAAGAAGAGAAAAUUUGAAAGAAUUUUACCCACAAAUGCAACCAGUUUGGAAAAUACUGGAGCCCUACCAAGACAUUUUGAACUUUGGCAAACACUUGGUAUUGCUCAACUCCAACAAACCAAGCAAGCCCUUGGAAAUUCAUUUGCUGACCCUAUUCUUCGAUUUUCAAAACUCAUUUAUCAGACCACAGAUAAAUAUUUCCAAUUCCACAGAAAUCAAAUAUUAUACCAGGCACAAGAUGAAGAUGUUGCCUCAGCUGAUGAAGAUAACAAUGAGGAAUCUGAGACACAAACACCUUCCAAGCCUGUAAAGCUUCCUAAAUUCCCAAUAGGAACAAAUGUUUACCAAGUUAAUGAUCCAUCUUUAAAUCCAAAUAAUUUAGAAGAUCAAACACAAGAAUUAAUUGUUCCACCUACAGAAAAUGUAUAUAAUCCAUUUGAGGAAUCAAAAAAGAAGAGUACACCAACAGCCAACCUUUAUCAUCAUCGUAUUCUUCCAAAUGUAAGCGAGGAUCCUAUCAUUUUACAAUCCAUCCUUCCUCAAUGCACAGAUAUUGAUUUCGUUUGUGCUAGCAGUGCUCUCACUGCAAUGAUCAACACACUAGGCCCAACAUUUUCUGAGGAGUGGUGCUUACCUGUCAUUGCCAAGCCAAAAUCAGAUGAAUCACAGUUCACAGUAUUUAUUGACAAGCCCAUGAUUAAAAAGGCCUGGACUCUCAGAGAUAACAAUCAAAUUUAUUACAAAUACACAAUUAAGACACUUGCAUUGAAGGAACCACUCAUACACAUACCUUGCAAUCCACUCAUUUCUAAGGCUGAAUACAAUGAGAAUGAUAGUUAUUCACAAUAUGAACUCUUACACAGAGAUGGAGAGCCAAUAACUUACAAUUUGUUUACACUUGCAAAUUUGAAAUUGUUGAUCAGAACCAAACUCGAUGGAGCUAAUAUGGAUGUAAAAACGGAUAGGCCAACUGCUAUCAAGCUAAUGACCAAAUUGGAAUAUCAAACUGAAAAAGGUUUAGAGUUAUCUACACAGAGUGAACUUGCCAAGUGGUGGUCUGUUGUUUUCAUGAGGCCAGCUUCUGCAGCUGUACUCACUCGUGUCGAUGUAGCCCAGAACAGAGUUUGCAGAACUGAAUUCAAAAGAAUCAAAGACAUUCUUCCAAGCAAUGAAGAUGAAGAAGAAGAAAAUGAAAGAUAUUGGUCCAAUAUGUUAACCUCAAACUUAUCCUCACUGGCUGUGCUUGGAGGGUCCAAUAUUGGUUUCCAACCUCAAUUAUCUGUACAAAUGGUUUAUGGAAUUCUAACAGAAGUGACUAAAUUGAUCACCCUCUUCCAAAAGUUCAACUUGAAGGACUACAGAUUUUUAAUUCAAAAGAUGCCUAAUGAGUCCUUGGUUCAUUUGCUUGUUGAAUACAGGAAAUCAACUCCUGACCACAUUCCGAGAGGGCUACCACAGAAAUUCUACUAUGAUCUUCACUCAGACUAUGAGAAGCAUGGAGCAAUAACAGAAACCCAAAUAAUGCCCUAUAUUCCUCUCAUGUGGAAAAUCAAUGGUCAGAUACCAUAUACUUUUCCAAUACGUCCAUCAACUACUACUACCUCAUCAUCAGCAUCAAACAAGAAGAAACAUAACGACAAGAAGAAGAGAAAGAAAAAAAUGUUACAAUCAUCAACAUCUACUACAAGUAUUGAUUCUAAUUCUUCUACCAAUGGAGGAGCAACAAGUCCUUCAAAGAAGAAUAGACGUAAGAGAAAAAACAAGUCCUCCUCUUCAUCAUUAUCUACCACAACCACUACGACUGCUACUUCCAGUGUUAACAAUAAUAGCAACAACAAUGGUUCAUCAAUAGCGAUGCACAAUCAUCACAAUAAUGGAAGUGUUACUGCUGCCGAUCAACAACAACAACCACACAAUGAUUCAAUCAAUAACUCUUCACUUCCAUUAUCCACAAGAAGUAAUAACAAUGGCAACAAUACUAAUCAUGCUGCUCAUCAUUCAAAGGGAUCUAACCAUCCUUCAAAUGGUAAUAACAACAACAAUAACAAAUCAUCAAAUAACCAUUCAUCAGCAUCAGCCUCUUCUUCUUCCAAUCAUCACACCAACAACAACAACAAUAACAAUCAAAAACAAGCCUCCAAAAAAAAUAAGCAACAAUCAACAUCACGUUCCUCCUCUGUUUCAUCAUCAUCAUCUUCUACCUCAAAGAAUAAUCAAUACAAUUCUACUACUACAAUAGUGGGUGGUACCAAUUCAAAGGCUGGAUCAUUGAGAGGAAGUACUGCUGGUCAACAACAACAAAAUUUCGUCGAUAGAAAGAAGAAGGAUCUUAUGAAAUAUAUCGGAUUCAAAACAGAAAAGACAUGCUUUUUUGAUGUAAAUGAUGAAAUUGGAUAUAUUCUUCAUGAACAUAUUUCUGAAGUUAAAAAGGAACUCACAGAAAAUAAUGGAAAAUAUGAAGAAAAAGAUGUAAAAGUUAAAACAUUGAAUGGAGGAACCAUCUCUAUGAACGAAGAAAAUCAAAUGUCAAAACUAAUUGAUCAAGUUUUACAAUCAUAUAUUUCAAAUUACAUGGUAUGUCCAAGUUGUAAGUCGAUCAAGACAACCAAUCCAAUAGUUGUGGAUCAUGAUCAACAACAAAGAAUAUUACAAGAAUUCAAAGAUGAUAAUAAUGUUGAUGAGUUGACAGAAUAUCAAGAAGAACAAUUAAUUGAACGUUUAGAUGAUUUUACAUUUUUCACUAUUCAAUGUAGAGAUUGCGAUCAUAAAGAGAGAAUAGAUAAUGCUAAUUCCUCAGAUGAAUUUAUCAAGCAGAUUUUACAAUCCCGUCAAAGAAAUUUGACAAAAAUGUUUAAACAAGGUUCCAACUAUCAAAAUGAAGAAAACUAUGUUGAACAUGAGAAUGUUCCACAACCAGUUUAUGGAUAUCCAUAUCAACCAGAACCACCUGUCUAUUAUUACCCAUACUAUGUUGAAGUUAUACCAGGAGAACAUAAUGUUUAUGCUCCAGCUGCAGGAUAUUAUCCACCAAUGCCAAAUUAUUACAGUUAUUAUCCUUCAUUCUAUCCAACUCAACCAGUCUACUCACCACAUUAUGAUAUUGCAGCCAAUCAAGAAAGUACUGAUAUUAUUGAAAGAGAUCCUGUAGUUGAACAAAAUUAUAAGUCAGCAGGUGUUAUUGCAUAUUCUAUCCACCAAGGAAAAGUUUAUUUCCUUCUUGGAAAAGAAAAUAGAGGAGGAAAGGGCGAUGUAAAUCCUAAUAUCAAUUUUGAGAAAGGUUUGAGUCCAUACAAGAUUGCCAAGCAAAUGUUUACAUGGUCAGAAUUCGGUGGAAAGAGGGAAAAGGCUGAUACCAACUCUGCAGAAACAGCUGCAAGAGAAUUUUACGAAGAAACGAAGGCUGCUUUUGGCAACAUUUAUGACAAAUUGUCAACCUCCGAGGGAUAUUAUUUCGAAAAUGGAAAGUAUAAUUUAUUUAUUACUGAGCUCGAGUAUCUUACCAGCGAAGAAAUUCAAGAAAGAUCAAUAAUUGAUAGCUCUGUUCCUUUUACUGAAAAGAUUUGCAAACAAAACUCUUACAAAACUCAUUACUUCUAUUAA